AUGGAGUUCAUCGUCAUAGUACAUCCUGACCAGAGAAGGUCCGCCCGCUUGAAGAAACAGGCUCACGCUCACGCAGCACGAGUGACCCAUGCACGGUUAAGGAAACGUCAGGUGGCCCGCCAUGGCAAUCAAGACCCGGACAUCCAAGUUAAAAGUCAGGAAGAACGAGUGAGCCGUCCACAACAAGACGUGGAAUUACAGCAUCUGGUUGAGCCUUCGAUACCAAGCACAAUACCUGGCGCGUUCGAGCAUGAGCCGUUGGCUAGCUUUCUAAAGUCUUCCACAGCCGAAGAGAAAAUGCUAUUCUUUUACUAUGGUCAAGUCAUUGUCCCCAACAUGGAUUCGCAAUGUCCUAUUUUGUGCUACCUCGGCGAAAACUUCGAUCACAUAAGGAGGAACUGGUUGCUUUGUGGCUCUACCGAUAUUGACCUCUUGCAAGGGUUCUUGCUCGCAGCCAGCCGUCAUUUAUCCCUCUUUCAUGGGGAGCAGUGGGGAAACUGGGCAGCCAAGUUCAAACUAAGGCACAUAAGCGACCUGCGUCGUGCCCUGUCCUCUGACGAUAUAUUAUUGCGACGAACUGGUGUUGCGAAAGCAUUGGUGUUGUCAUUCGACGAGAUCAUGCUCUGUGACAUGCACAUGGCCUCAAAACACGUUCGGGGUGCUAUCACAAUAAUCAGGGAUUCUGGAGGAAUCGACGCGCUUGGACUGAGUGAAAUUGUUCGUUGUGUUCUCUUCAGCUGCAUGUUCGGCAAAGGCCUACUAGAUGGACAGCCUCUGUUCGAACUGAGCCCAGCACCUCUAUCUACAAGUCAUUAG